AUGGGGCUAGGGACUUUGGAGGACUCCCAUUGGUGUAACAGGCAGAGGAGGAAAGUGGAGGAGCAUGCCUGGCAGUUGCUGAAAGUGCUGAGAGCCGCAGCCUUCACUUACAGCCCACUCCUGUACUGGAGAAACAAACAAACAAACAAACAAACAAAAAACACAUUAUGGCAUGAAGGCAGCUAUCACCACAAGCCCUUUCUUGGCUACUCCCCAACUGACUAUCAAGUGGACAUUCCAGAUUCUCUGUGGCAGUCGGACACCUGUGAAGGCAGGCACUAUGCCAUAAGAGAAAGCAGCACCAAGGCACAGGCCUUUGUUCCCAUGCAACCUGUGCUGCUGGCCGCACAGCAGCUCUUCCCCUCACCUGGUGCCAGAGAACCAGUCCACAUGCCCUCUCCUUAUAAUCUUUCAGGAGGUACUUUUUGCAACACCCCUCCGCAUCCUGAUCUUACCUCCUAUGCUGAACCACUCUGCCUUCUGUCCCUGUCUCCACUGGAAGUAGAAAGGAAUGUCCGCUCCCAUUUCUUUCCCAAUAUAGCCCUUGUGGGGGAGGUUUCCAUGUCUUCUUUUGGCUUUAGAGUUUCAGCCUUUGCUCACUGA